AUGGCCUCCCUCGCCGCCUCUCUCCGGUCAUUGACCCUCACGACCGUGCGCGCGACUAUUCCCCGUGUCGGGGCUCCUGCGACGGCCACACGCGCCUUGUCAACGGCGAUCCUGACCAAGAAGCCGGCGCAGAGGAGCGAGUCGGUGCUCGCGGUGUUUGGACAGAAGGCCGCGGUCGUGGGCAAUGCGGUGGUGCAGCAGACGAGGGGGAUGAAGGUGCACAGCUCCGUCAAGAAGAGGUGUGAGCACUGCAAGGUCGUCCGUCGCAAGGCAGGCAAGAGGCACAACGGGUACCUGUACAUCAUCUGCAAGGCGAACCCCAGACACAAGCAACGCCAGUCUUGA